AUAAAUAGGGGGGUCUUCGGCGGGAAUCUUCCUUUUGGCUCCUGGCGUUGUGACGGACCCGCACUGACGCUCCUCUGAGACAAAUCCACGGACGACCAAAAAGAAAAAAAAACAAUCAAAGAAUGGCUCUCUCAACUAUACUUCUGGAGCGUAAGGAGACCCCUUACUACAGACCUCCCAACCUUCACAUGACUGUACUGAUGAUGAAGGAAGAGGAGAGGGUGGUGGCUUGGGUCUUCGGUGAAGGUUCUGCAUCACCAGCCACCAUUAAGACGAACAGGGUGGCUGCAGUGUCAGAUGGUCACAUUGUGACAACACUGACACUCUUUGAAGAUUUUUGGGGCAAGGUACAGGAGGGGGGCUCCUACAUAAUCCGGGGGUAUGGCCUCAUUGGGGAAACCCCUCCGUACCACAUAAAAUUUACGAGGCAGACAAAAAUUUUUCGAGCCUCCAGAAUCCCUGUCAGCCCUGACCUCAUGGUGGAAGCUGAGGAAGCCCUCAACCCCCCCUCCCAGGAGGUGGACUUAAGGGAGACUCUAAACUCGAGGGGUCUCCUGACUGUUUGUGGGGAGGUGGUGGAGUGCUUGCCUGUAAGCAAAGUCCUGUCUGGGAGACAACAUGUCCCGGUGAGAAACAUCCGGAUUAAGCAGGAUGAGUUCACAAUGAGGGUCUGCCUGUGGAGGGAGGUUGCUGUAGCUGAUUUUUCCCUUGGAGACAUGAUCACCGUUUCCCACAUGAAAGCGGAAUCAUCGAUGGGUGGCAGACAUCUCACAUCCACAAAGCACACCAAGCUGACGAAAUCUUCGGCCUCAGACAGUGGAGUAACCAUCGUUGGUGUGACGGAGGAGAGCUGCCAAGAUGUUGUGGAGCUGCUUCUGCAGGACGGCCGCAUUUUGGAAGUGUCCAAAGACAUGUGGAGUCCCUUCCAGGACCAACUGGAUGAGGGAAACCUCGUUGUAAAUUUAGUUGUAGAGGGGAGACAUGUCAAGGAAAUUAAAUUAUCUAAUUAAAAAUUAAUUUGCUCUCCUUUUAGAUUAAAUGUUUUAGUUAAUUUAUUGUUUCAUAAAAGUUAACUUGUUGUAAGUUGUGUUUUUGUAAAUAGUAAAUUAGUUCUUAAUGUA